AUGGCAGACAAUAUUUUACCGGCACAGAAAGCUACUUUAGAUACUGUUAUUGAUCAAGUUGAACAGUUGGAGCACAGCAUGGGCACAUUUAUUGAAAAUGUAGAAAAAAUUAUAAACGAAAUCACUUCACAAGUUAUCAGAAUGCUGGACUCAUUUCACGAGCAUUUCGGGCUGACAAGGAAAGAAAUUGGUCGUGUCACGGUCACUGCUGCUGAAAAAGGUGAAACUUUGCCUUCCUCUAAAGACUUAUUUUUGUUAACGAUUACUGCCACAUUUGCUAUGCUUAUGCUCCUAACUUUUUUGAUUAUCGCUGUUAUACAUAGAUUUAUUGAUCGCAGGAUAAGAAUAGAAGAAGAGGAAUUAAUACUGAGAGUAUUUGAACCUGACCUAAGCGUCUGUAACUGA